GGCAAGACGGCCUUGCAGAACAAGAUUGCCCAGAUCAAUGCCGCGAGCCGCUUGAAGAGCAAGCUCACGCAGCUUCUUCAGGAGGAGAUGAUGCAGGAGAUCACGCCGAAUAUGACGAUCGAGCAGAUGAAGGUGAAGGCGGUGCAGUUUGCCUACGAGCACACGGCCGUGUCCGGCGGAGACUAUGUCGGUUUCGGCCGCCAUGCGUCCAUGACCUACCGGACAAUCAAGGAGGAGUACCCUCAGUAUGUGGCGUGGGUCCGUGCAACGGCCAAAGAGGAGAAGGAGACGUGUGUGCAGCUACGACGCCUGGCCAUGUGGCUGGAGCAAGAAGCGGCACAGCCGAUCGAGGAGAAGUCUACCAAGUGGACGCUGGUGGAGCCGCCCGAGGAGAAACCUCAGGCCAAGGCCAAGAGUCAAUCGGGCUACCACGGCCGGAGCAGUGCGAGCUCGGCAACGUCUUCGGUGAGCGAGUCGGUCCUCCGCGACUUGGUGACGACGCUGCACGACCUCAAGGAGGAAGUGGCCCAGCUGAAGAGUGGACAGACCGAGGAGCGCCCCCGGAAGAAGGAGCGCGACUGA